AUGGCGCAGCAUGACUUUGCUCCAGCCUGGCUUAAUUUUCCUACUCCACCAUCAUCAACAAAAGUCACUUCUGCUCCUUUACAGUCAUCACUGAACUUUGAGAAACAUUCUGAAAAUUUUCCGUGGACAGAGAAUCGUUAUGAAGCAAAUCGCAGAAGACACAACUCCUCAGAUGGGUUUGAUCCUAACAUUGGACGGCCUAAUGGAGGACAUUUUGGGAGAAAAGAGAAGAAUGGUUGGCGUUCACAAGGCAGAAAUGGUACGGAAAAUAUAAACCAUCGUGGAGGAUACCAUGGCGGAGGUUCCCGCCCUCGUGCCAGUGCUUUCCACUGUGGAAAAGGCCAAGGACUGCAUGAAAACAAUGUACCUGAUAAUGAAACUGGGAAAAAGGAAGAUAAAGAAGUACCGAAACAGUUUGAGGCUGAGGAUUUUCCAUCUUUGAACCCUGAAUAUGAGAGGGAACCAAACCAGAAUAAAUCUUUAGCUGCAGGUGUGUGGGAAUACCCUUUGAAUCCUAAAUCUAGAUCUCCGAGAAUGCUGGUCAUUAAAAAGGGCAGUACAAAAGAACUGCAGAUAUCUGGAUUCCCAGUAGUAGGAAGUCUUCAUUCACAGCCAGUAAGGAACGGAACUGGCACAAGUGUUUAUAAAGGAUUAGUCCCUAAACCUGUGACUCCACCCGCAAAGCCUACACAGUGGAAAAGCCAAGCAAAAGAAAAUAAACUUGGGAAUCCACUUCCUCAUGAAUCUGCAUAUGUUGGCAAUUUCAGUCCUUUUAAAUCAGCUGCCAAGGCGUUUACUGUAUCACAAAAUUCAGUGAAAGAGUGUAAUCGGUCAAAUUCAUCCUCCCCUGUUGACAAAGUUGGUCAGCCUCGUUUAACAAAAUUGGCAAGAAUGAGGACUGAUAAGAAGAGUGAAUUUUUGCAAGCGUUGAAAAGGGAGAGAGUGGAAGAAGAACAUGAAGACGAGAAUCAUGCUGGGCAAGAGGAAGAUGAUGAGUCCUUUAACUUGCAUAACAGCAACAGUCCUCAUCAUGAGAGAGAUAUAAACCGAAACUUUGAAAAUGAAAUUCCACAGGAGAAUGGCAAUGCUUCAAUUACAUCUCAACAAAUCAUUCGAUCUUCAGCUUUCCCUCAGGCAGAUGUUCUUUCAAGCUCACUUGAGGCAGAGCAUAGGUUGUUAAAGGAGAUGGGCUGGCAGGAAGACAGUGAAAAUGAUGAAACAUGUGCUCCACUAACAGAGGAUGAGAUGAGGGAGUUCCGAGUCAUUAGUGAACAGUUACAAAAAAAUGGCCUUCGGAAAAAUGGCAUUUUGAAAAACGGCUUCAUUUGUGAUUUUAAAUUUAGCCCCUGGAAAAACAGCACUUUCAAACCUGCUCUGGAGAAUGAGGAUUCUGAGACAAGCAGCAGUGAUACAUCAGAUGACGAUGAUGUGUGAAGACUUCUGUAACAUCUAUAGAAGCCUGUUUUGAUCUCAUGAAAAUUUGGGGAUGUGUUGUCCUGAAAAAAUUUCUAAUUUAUGUAGUAACAUACCCACUAGAGGAAGAAUGAUGGGACUUUUCUCUGAAGAAUGUUGUGUUGGGUGUGUUGAAGAUUACUAUAAUUUCUUUGUAAACAAAUGUUGUAGAAUGAGGACUUGGGUUGAGCCAGCAUUGACUUUCCUCAUCACUGAAGCAUUUCUGACUAGCAAUGUGACAAUGUAACAAAUCAGACUUUCUCAUUUAAUAAUAAAAACAAAGAAUUGUGUAAUGUCUUGCAAAGCUUCUGUCUUAAAAUGUCCAAGUCUAUAAGGAAAAAAAGGGCAGCUUGACACAGUGUUUUGCUUGCCAAGUCAUUUCUUUCUUACAAUGGAAAUCCUUGAGUCCACUUUGUACGCAAAAAGGGCAAUGUAGCAUGUUGGCUAAAAUGAACAAAGUGCACUAAAACUC